AUGUCGGUUCACCAUCAUAUAGCGAGGUUUCUCCAAGAGAACGGCUAUCACAAAACCUUGCUGGCUUUCAGAGACGAGCAUGGGAGUGAGCUAGAUACAGGAGUAUCUUUCAGUGGCUCUCUAGAAGACUCGAUAGUAUCGGGAGUCAAAGACUUGUCCAUCACCGAUUCUGCAGCUGUUGCAGCUAUGGAUAGUCCUUGGAUGAAAGAUAAACCGACUCUUCCAAAGUGGAAGCAUCGCACUUGCGCACAAGCAAAUGUGCUUCCCAGUAUCGAUGGACUUACCAUUGACUGUGCUCUCAAUUCCGAGCUCGCGGUCUUUGCUACUGCGACAAAGAAGCUAUGCUUCGUAGACUUAAACACAAAGACCAUACUUGCUACAGUGACAAAUGCGAUUCAAGGCUCUGUGGUAAAAAAAGUCGUUUUGACCGAGAACUUUGUUGUUCUUGCGGGCAUCAAUGGACAGGUCAAGACUGCUUUCUUUCUCAAGGACGCUCGAAAACUAGAAUUCCUUGAUACACUUCAAGCCCAUGAGCGUCUCAUAGUAGAUCUUAGAGUUGUCACUUACAAUGGUAAAACAUACAUGGUGAGCUUGGGUUGGGAUAAGUACAUCAAAGUGCAUGAAAUUACUCAAGAGGGCAGAUUCAAGUCAGUAUCUACGCCAUGCCUGAUUUCUACUCCAGGAAACUGUCUUGAGGCUUUUAUUUACCGAGAAAUAAUUGUAAUUGCUGUGGGCAGACAAGAUAGCAGUCUCAUUGACGUGUUUACGUUCAGUGAUAAUAUUCUCCGGCUGAGAGGUCAAGUUGCCUCUAUGGAUGCGGAGUUCUCUACAGAGCGCUUCACACCAAUGUGCAUAAAAGGUUGCAAUGUUGCAGAAAGUGUUCCUGUGAUUGCAAUCGCAACAUCCCAGGAGCCGUACAUGAGAGUUGUACUUCUAUCAUUGCAAGAAGUUCUUUCGAGCGACGAUGAGACAAUUCAUCGACACCUGAUUCUAGCCAAUUUCAAUACUUUCUCGCCGCAAGAUAAAUAUAGUGAGGCCAAAUUAAGCUGGGUAUCCGAUGGCAGCGGCUUGUGGAUCUAUGGUGACGAUGGGAGCAUCAGUGGAUUAGAACUCGACACAGGCAAAGUGACCGAGAAGUUCAAAAACCAUGAUGGGAGAAUCAAAUGCUUUGCUUCUUUGGGUAAUCAUCUUCUCACUUGUGGCAUUGAUCGGAAAAGCAUCUUCUGGAAUAGCUCCAGUUAG